UCUCAGUUUCAGAGGGGAGGAAGAUCUAAGCCCUGUACUAUUAUUAUCUCAUGGCUCCCGUCGCUCCGAAGUCCGGCGAUGCGAUUUUCGCCAGCGUUGAUCGCGUGAAUGCGGAGCUAUUCACACUGACGUAUGGUGCUAUCGUGCGCCAGUUACUCACCGAUCUGGAGGAGGUGGACGAGGUCAACAAGCAGCUCGAUCAAAUGGGUUACAAUAUCGGAAUCCGGCUGGUUGAUGAAUUUCUCGCAAAAUCUAAUGUUUCCAGAUGCGUAGAUUUUAGAGAAACUGCUGAAGUCAUUGCCAAGGUUGGAUUCAAAAUGUUCCUUGGUGUCACUGCAUCUGUGACGAACUGGGACUCGGAGGGAACAACCUGCAGUAUAAUUCUGGAGGAUAACCCUCUGGUAGACUUUGUUGAGCUUCCCGAUAACUGUCAAGGACUAUACUAUUGCAACAUUUUAAGUGGAAUUAUCAGAGGCGCUCUUGAGAUGGUGUCGAUGAAAACUGAGGUGACAUGGCUGCGUGAUAUGCUGAGAGGCGAUGAUGUGUUCGAGAUGCAGGUGAAACUUCUGAAAGCAGUCCCCGAAGAGUACCCGUAGUAAGAUGAUGAGUAACAUGCCUAAUAUAUAUAUAUAUCUUUCUGGUUUUCUGUACCUCAGCAAAGUAGUUCAGGUUUGUAGUACUUCUCCCAGAAAAAGUUUUUGGCAAAAAGCACUUAUUUGGUUCUCGUGCUGAUUUUGCUGUAUGGAUAUUUGUAGUUUGUGUUGAAUUUAAGAGACUUGAGCUCGAAUUAAGAGUAACCACUAACCAGACCUAUUUUACAUAAAUUCAUUGUACCAAAAUGUAGGCAAAGUUAAAUUUA